AUACAAAAAUUGAAAAGAAAAAAAAUCACGGAGGGGACGAUCCGACGUGGGUCACAGGCAAAAUAAAUAAAAAGCAACCCCACUUGCUAAAAUCCCCAACGCAGCAAAAGCAAUGAAACUCAAAAGCACGAGCAAAAGCAGAAACAACUACUGCGGAUGACAGUCCAGAAAUUUUUGGAUAAAAUUCCCCAUUGUGUUUUCCUCAACUGUGCAUGUUCGAAUUUCGCAAUGCAAUUCUUCCCUACUUCCUCACCUGAUCAUUACUCUUCAAAUUCAUUCUCCACAAAAAUGUGAGGAUUUUUCAAGGGUUUUACCAAAACCCCAAAGCACAGACCACAGAGAUUCCUCUGCACCCUUAAACGUUAGAAGCCUUUCAAGUUGGGACAAGGACAAUAGAGAAGACCUCUGCGGGGUUUUGAAUAUGAUAGGGAGUGAGCAAGACGACGAAGAGUUUGAGAUGCUUUUGGGUGAAAUUCCUCGUGCAACCUCUGCGCCUCCACAUGGGCAGAGAGUAGAGUCUGCAAAAGGUGUAGAUGAAGGAAAGCCUACUUUGUCUGAGGAUACAUAUGUUGUUGUAACCAGUCCUCUUUCAUCGUACUAUGGUGGUUCUGGCUCAUCCUCUUCAGACAACAGGAAUUCUCCACAGUCCCUGAUAGACCAAAGGUCUCAGUUGAAAGGGGUCUUUGACCAAGAGCAGGAGAGUGGGGGAGCCAUGUCAAAUCAGAAAAUCUUUUCUGACUUCUCUGGGGUUGAGGGUAGUUUUCUUGAGGAUCAAGCUCUUUCAGAUGCAUUUUCAAAUCUUAGUUUUAAGGAAAUUGGGAUUGAUGAUGGUAAGCGAGUUAAGCUGGAAGUGUUAGAAAAUGUGGAUGGAGGUGUUCUGGAUACCAAACAAGAUCAAAGUUCCCCAGGAAAAUAUCCUGCUUUCAAUGUUGUGGGCACUACCUUACCAACACGGUUGAAUGUAGACAAUGGUUCUUUGAACUCCCCCAGAACAAAAUCUUUUGGAAUUCAUGGUUCCUUCCAGUCAAAGCACUACAAUGGGGACUUGCAAUCCACAGGGAAUCAACUGGCUUAUCCAAGAGAAAUUCGAACAAUGAAGGAACUGCUGACACAUAAUGCUCAUGGACCAGACACAUACAUGAACAGUUUGGGCUUGCCAUUUAACAAUAAUUGUCCUAGGGGAACACUCGAUUUUCAGCAACCACAUCCAAUAUAUUCUGUAGCACCAUCUCCUGCUUUGGGACUCAAAGGCAAUCAGGUUUUCGCAAAAUCUUCAAUGUCGGAAGCAGAAACACUGCCUUCAAUUGGUAGUUUGCAGCAGCAAUCAUUUUUUGAUCCUACAUUGGGAACAUUUGUGCAACCUCAGUCACGUAGAACUCCCAUUUCUGAUUCUCACCAGCAGAUGAAUACAAUGAACAUGACUUGGAACCCGAUAAUCGAAGAAAGAAACCUUAGAAUGCAGCAGGAAUUAAUGUUGUUGCAGCAGGCUCAUGUGCAGCCUUUAGCUGGUGUUCCUCAUCAGGCUGGAGCUACUUUCAUUGAAGAUGCAUCAAACAGAACUUUUAGACAAAAUGGUUUGCACUCUCCCAUUCCAAAUAUUCAACUUGAUUCACCUUUAAGGAGUUUCCAACUGCAAGGACCAGUUUUCAGUGAAAGGGAUUGGGGCACCAAUUUAUUACCUAGUCAUGUGGGCAUGAACAAUUUUUCAGUUCAUCCAAUGCAGAGUGGAGAUGUGUAUCCAAUGCAGAGUGGAGAUGUGUGUCAAUAUCAUGCUCAAGGUUUCUGUGGUAGGGGAGAAAACUGUGCUUAUUUCAAUGGUCAAUCCCCUGGAAUCAUGUCUAGCAGAAUCUGUCAUUCUGUUUCAGUUCCAUUUAAAAAUUCUCAUAUGAGUGGGAACUUGGGUGGAGAAGAUAAACUUAUUUUUCCUGAAAAGAUAUUGACUCGAAGUCAGGGCAUAAACUCUCUCACAAUGAUCAAUAAUUCAGGAGGCCGGAAGGACACUUUAAAUAAUGGACAAUACAAUGAAAGGGCAUUGCUAAGUGAGUAUUCACAUUCAGGUUCCUUUCAGUUGGACAUUAACAAUCAUUCAAGAAGCAUUUCACCUGAGAUUGCAGAGUCUAAAUUCAAUUUGAGAUCUUUGAUGACUUCUCAACAGCCACAGCCUAAAUACGUUACGUUGGAUGAUGUAGAGGGCAAAAUUUUUAUCAUUGCAAAGGAUCAGCAUGGUUGUCGUUUUCUGCAGAAGAAAUUCGAUGAUGGAUCUCCUGAGGAUGUGCAUAAGAUAUUUCAAGAGAUCAUUGGUCAUAUAGUUGAGUUGAUGACAGAUCCUUUUGGUAAUUACCUUGUGCAAAAACUUUUAGAAGUCUGUAAUGAUGAACAGAGAAUGCAAAUUCUUGAUGCUGUGACUAGGAAAUCAGGUGAACUCGUCAGUAUUUCUCUCAAUAUGCAUGGUACUCGAGCUGUACAGAAAUUGAUAGAGAUUCUUAAGACUCCACAACAGGUUUCUAUGGUCAUAUCCUCCCUUAAGGCGGGUGUUGUUACUCUUAUAAAGGACCUCAAUGGUAAUCAUGUUGUACAGCGGUGCUUGCAACGGCUUUGCAGUGAGGACAAUCAGUUUCUUUUUGAUGCUGCAGCAGCUCACUGUGUUGAGAUUGCAACACAUCGUCAUGGAUGCUGUGUCCUGCAACGCUGCAUUGAUCAUUCAGUUGGAGUGCAGAAGGAACGUUUGGUUGCUGAGAUAGCUGCAAAUGCGCUGGUUCUCUCUCAAGAUCCUUUUGGCAAUUAUGUUGUGCAGUAUGUGUUGGAUCUAGGCAUGUCAUGGGUGACUGCAGAUGUAGUGGGCCAGCUGAAUGGCAACUAUGAACACCUUUCUAUGCAAAAAUUUAGUAGUAAUGUGGUUGAAAGGUGCUUGAAAAUCUCUGGAGAAGAGGAACGUGCACUUAUUGUUCACGAGUUGAUUAAAAGUUCCCGACUUGGGCAGCUUCUUCAAGAUCCAUUUGCAAACUAUGUUGUUCAGUGUGCUUUGACUGUUUCCAAGGGUCCUCUUCAUUCUGCUUUGGUUGAUGCAAUCCGGCCACAUUUACCAGCUUUGCGUAGUAGUCCAUUUGGGAAGCGAAUCCUUUCCCGGACCAAUUUAAAGAAGUAAUCCACAUGCAGGCAAUUUUGAAGACAUGCUUUUGUAGAAUGUUGUGACAUCUUUCACAGCAUGCUGCAUUUUGUAGACACUAGAUUAUUAUUUCUUUGUAUGGCCACUUGUUUGGCAUGUAAAAUUCAAGUAUUUGAAAGCAUAACGUUGUAAUAAGUCCUUUCUGUAGGCAAGAGCACUGUAUUUGUUGCGAAGUUGAAGGGUAACAAAUGUGGCUCAGUCAGUAUUGUAUAGCAGAGAAAUUGGGAAUUGCUUCUAUAGUAGAUUACCAUUCUUCACGGGAGUAAAGGGCCUGCUAUGUAUUAAAAUAAGAUUUUUUGGAAUGUUCUCAAACCAUAGAGAACACAGGAAAGUGGUGGUAAGGGUAAAAACUGUUAGGCAAAAGUUUCGGCUGUAUAAUACAGUAUUUGGCCUGCUGGUUUUCCAAGGAAAAUGGCAUUUCCAGCAAAAUUGUAUUGUUAUGAGGAUUCCCAUAAAUCAUAAAUUUUAGGUUUAAAAAGUUAGUCGUAGACAGGAAAUUCACACACAGGCUUGCAAGCCCAGUAUUUAUGAAGAUGUUUUUCCUGGCAUUGUACCUUGAACACUGUUUUAACAACAAAAAAUAUUAAAUUAUUUCUUAUUAUCAUUC